AUGUCAUCGCCCGCGGGUCUUGUGAAGCUUGUGUUUGUGGAGAGACGAGGGUCUGUCUGUCGCCUCCUCUCGCGGUGUGACAGACGCGGCAGGGGGAGCGGCAGGAGGCGGAUUACUACGACAGAUACCACCGCUGCUGCUGGAGGAGCUGUGAGCGCCCUCCACUGGCCAAAAAUUUUGGUGACUGCGCGGCUGUCGGCGGCUGCGGAGGAGAUAUUUGCGUUGUUUGACAGAACAAUAGCGGAAUAUGAGGAGGAACUGCGGCUGUGCAAAGAGAGGCAGAGGAGACAGGAGCAGCUGGAGACUCUGAGGCCGACAGUGAUGCUGUAUAGGGCGGCCGAGGGGCUCUAUCUGCCCGGGCAAAGCGGAGUAGCGUGUCCCCAGGCCCCUCAGAUUCUCCCGCAGAGUCAGGAAAUCCCAGAGACACCACGGAUUAAAGAGGAGCCAGAGGAACAGCGCAUCAAACAGGAAGAAGAGCAGCUGCCAGAGCUUGACCGAGAGUUCAGUAUUGAUUGUGUGAAGACAGAAGAGUCAUCACCGCUUCAACAAACUGCGCUCAGAGUGGGAACAUGGGGAGAAGACAGCAGCACACAGACUGAGUGGAAGUUUUAUGACACUAAAGACCAUGAAGACCGGAAAGCUUCAGUCAACUGUUCAUGUGCAUCGGUGGAGACGGAAGCAGAUGGAGACCACACCUACCACGCCCCAAUCAGAAACACUGGAGACAGGUCAAGUUACGCAUACAGGUGCCCCUUUUGUGAUAAGGUACUUACAAGUGAUUCUAAACUGGAAAGACACAUAGCGCUCCACAUCGGAGCGGCAGAGACAGAGGUGUUUGUAGGAGACCAUGCCUACCACAUCACAGCCAGCAGAGGCAGCAGCGAGGAGACUCAGGGGAACUGUUCUGUCACUGACAGCGGUGAGGACCAGAGACCUCCACUCGGCUGUUUAUCUGAACAGAUGGAGACAGAGGCGUACGAAGACCACAACUACCAAAUCAGAAACACUGGAGACAUGGCACGAGACACAUAUGUCCAGAUGCCCUCCCAGAAUCCAGGCCCCGGUCUGAACCAAGAAGUCUCAAAGACUACACAGGUUAAAGAGGAGCCAGAGGAACAGAGCAUCAAACAGCUGCCAGUGCCUGUUCCAGAGUCUGUGAGUGUGAAGACAGAGGAGUCCAACGGUGACUGUAUGCAGAAAGAAGAGUCGUCACUGCUUAAACAAACUGAGCUCAGAGACGAGUCACAGACAGAAGACUUCAUCACAGAAGACUUCAUCAAAGAGACUCUGGGGAACUCUUCUGACACUGACAAUGAUGAAGACUGGGGAGCUCCACUCAGCUGGGUUUGUGUAAAAAACUGGUUUGUUAAAAUGUCUGCGGGACAAACGCUGAGGGUUUUGGUGACUGCACGACUCAGUGCGGCUGCGGAGGAGAUAUUUGCGCUGUUUGAAAGAACGAUAGCGGAAUAUGAGGAGGAACUGCGGCUGUGCAAAGAGAAGCAGAGGAGACAGGAGCAGCUGGAGACUCUGAGGCCGAGAGUGAUGCUGCUCAGAGCGGAUGCCCAGAGGCUCUCCCGGAGUCCAGAUCUUGAUCUGUACCAGAAAAUCCCUGAGACUCCACGGAUUAAAGAGGAGCCAAAAGAACAGAGCAUCAAACAGGAGGAAGAGCAACUGCCAGAGAUUUUUAGGCCUGUUCCAGAGUCUGUGAGUGUAAAGACAGAGGAGUCCAGUGUUGACUGUAUGCAGAAGGAAGAGUCGUCACUACUUCAACAAACUGAGCUCAGAGACAAGUCACAGACAGAAGACUUCAUCACAGAAGACUUCAUCAAAGAGACUCUGGGGAACUCUUCUGACACUGACAAUGAUGAAGACUGGGGAGCUCCACUCAGCUCAGUGAACCUUCAGACAAUCAUGUACACCAGAGCAAAGACCGAUGAAGCUAAGGUGGGCCUCACGCAGCCUGAGGGCUCGCCUGAGCCUGGAGCCGUUUCCGAGCAGGAUGCUAAUAAUGCUAACGAGCGGCUGCUAAUACACAUGGAGGUAAUGAUGGAGACUAUGCGCACGGACAUUAAGUGUGAGGAUUUGGAAGGAAGGUCGAGAUUGAAUAAUAUUCGCGUGGUGGGUGUCCCGGAAGGCUCCGAGGACUCCCGUCCAACUGUGUUUGUGGCCAAACUGCUCCAGGGCUUGCUCGGCUUGGACGGGGAACCAGUGCUGGAUCGUGCCCACCGUACCCUCCGCCCAAAACCAAAGGACGGGGAGCUUCCUCGCCCAUUUGUUUGGGCAUCGCGCAUCCCGUUUGGGGGGAUGCUUCUGCGAGAGUUCUGA